AUGGAGAAUCUGGUUCAUUGUGGUCCAAAUGGUUAUCUAAUAAAUUAUGGAUUUCACUUUUGCUCUCGCUUUUAUGAGUAUUAUCAACGAUUUGAUCCAAUUGGUCAGACUUUUAUUGACUGUGUUCGCCCUGGGCUACUCGAUUAUCUAAAAGCAAACAUUCUGUUAAAUGCUACAAGUUGUGCUGAAAUUGAGCAAAAGGCUUUUGCGAGUCAUUCAAAUGUCUACACAAAUUGCGACUUCUGUCAAGCGUUCGCUUCAAACGCAUUGGCGUUCUCCGACGUUUUAUGGAAUCGGGAAAGCGACGGUUCACAGAUGUCAAACCUCAAUAACAAUUGCCUUGAUAACAAACAAAACUUGAUAAUCAUC